AUGGAACAGUUUGUCACUACGAAACUCCAAGAGAAAGAAGAUUCAUUCCCACACCCAGACGAUGACAGGUCCACUAACAAGGUUAAGAUUCGAGAUUUAUCCAGCCAGGAUGACACGAACAUGCUAUCCUAUGACCUCAUUACUCCAUCGGACGAUGAGCCGAUAGAUGAGGAACCGAUUGUAACAGAAAGCAUCAACACUGGCACUAGCUCGAAAGUCUCUCCGCCUUCGUUCAAAGAUAUGCUGCCCAACCAAUUCACUGGACACAGUGGGGGAGAGGAAGACUUGGAGUUCCACAAAGGAGACAUUAAUAUAGACAAAAUAGGACCCAUUCCUUCCAUUGCUUUCUCGCCGCGUAUACAUAAACUGCUCAGUGAUAGCAUGAAAUAUGCGGUGGUGGUCAAAAUGCUUGGCGGAUAUAUCAGGUAUGAUGAUUUAAGAAACAACAUGUUAAGCCUUUGGAAGCUUAUAGGGACAGUGCAGGUUACCGAUGUGGAAGGCAACUGCUUCAUUGCCAAACUAAGCAGCAAAAGAGAUUACCAUGAAGUUCUCCUGGGGGGCCCUUGGGUCAUCUUCAGUCACUAUCUUAUGGUUCAACCGUGGUCCCCAAAUUUCUCCCCACACUUGCACACUUCGUCAAAAGUUUUGGCUUGGAUCAAAAUCCCAGGGCUACCAACCAAAUAUUACAAGAAGAACGUCAUUAGAGCAAUAGGAGAGGUGCUGGGAACUGUUAUGAGAAUUGACCACAACACUGCCUCCAGGGCAUGGGGCAAGUUUGCCUGA